GCCAUCUCUAACUUAUUUAGCCCCAACAUUUUACAGCUUUGCACGUGUUGCAAUUGUUAUUGAUUUACUUUUAAAAUGACAAAGUUCCUGUCCUAUUACAAUCUGUUUCCCAUACCAGAUCCGAAGGAGUUCCUGGGCCUGGCUUCAGAUAAGGAGAAGGGUAAUGUGGUGACCACACUGGCGCGCAAUGUGGUGGUUGUUUUGAAUAUAAGUACACAAAAGCAGUUGCUCAGUUGGUCCCUGCCCGAGAAGCUAUCCUCCAAGGUUAUCUAUGAUCCCAACAGCCAGAAAUAUGUGGGCGUCUUUGGGAAUCACUCGCUGCGAGUUUGGGAUGUGGACACCAGUGAUGUAGCCAAGUGCAAGAAGCUGAAGUUCCAAAAAAGCAUUGCCCAUUUGGUGGAAACCACCCAGGAGGCCUUGGUCCUCUACAGCGAUGGCGAAUGCCAAACCCUCUCGCAGGCGUUGAUUUCUCGCAAGGAUCAGAAGGAAGACACGGCCGAGCAGCUGGCCCUGGCCGCCAGCAAGGUCAUUAGCAAGCCUUCGAUAUACACCUUGAGCCAGGGCCAACAGGUGCUCACCUACUUUGAAGAAACGAAGGCCACUGGCGAGUUGCAACUCAUCCGACUUUCCCUUGCCACCGCCACCCGUCGGGAGUACCUAAUCCAACGGGAAGAUGUGCGUCUCACAGGUUACGCCGUUGUGGAAGGCGAUGCAGCUCCUCAACUCCUGACUAUUUGGUCCGACAAGCGCAUAUUCAUGCUAAAUCUGGCGGAACGCACCUCAGAGCGAUCACCCGGAAAAUUCGUGUCCAUGCUGGCCGAGCUAAAUGUGGAAAGCAAGCUAUCCGUGCACGGAGUAUCGCGGAACUUUGCUGCCAUUUACGGCGCCAACCACGGACAGGAAGGCGCCUCGCUGUUGGUCUACAACACACAGUUUAAGGUGGUCAAUGCCAAGCAGUACUUCAAGGUGUAUUUGGACUUCUCUCGCCUAUGGGCCGGUGAUGAGCACAUUCUGCUGGCCAUGGGUCAGAAUAUCGCCGCAGUGCGGUACAGAAUGAACCGGGAGGUGCUAGUGGACAUGCUGGGUUCCCAGUUCAGCGACACCCACCUCACGCCCAUCGAACUGGAUCACAUUAACGAGGAAGAGCACCUGGAGUCGGUCAUCAAGUUCGGUGGCAGCACGAAGUCCGUUAAUUAUGCCACUGUGAAAUCCAAGUUAGAUAAAAAUAUUCCCACAUUGAGUUUUCAAACGGCAGAUGGCAGAGAGUUGGCCUACGAUCCUCCUGAAAUCGUGGAUCAGGAGAUAGACGAAAUCAUUAAGCAGCAUGUCCAUGGAGAGGCCACGAGCGUCGAGAACGGACUGGAGGAUGUGAGUGUAACUCUAAUGACCAACUUCUUCGAUUCGGGCCCACAAAACACAGCUGUACAGGCCUUGGUGAGGCAAUUGGAGAGAAGUGGAGCGGGCGAGGAGGAGAUUAUCGAGAAAAUUUUAACUCUUUUUAUCAAGACCGGAAACAAAGAGCAUGUGCUAAUGUGCCUGCGGCGGUACAGCAACAUCUCGGAGAGGAUGCUGGCCUGGUCGCUACGUUUUGCUCUUGAUAUAAACACAAAACCCCCUGCCAUUAAUGGCGAUGCCAAACCUUUGAAGAAACCCUUGAAGAACAAUCAGCCCAACAAGGAGCUGCUAAAUGCAGUGCUAGCCUGCAGUUUUGAUGCCAGCGGGAUCGAAGAGCAUCUGCGUUAUCGGCUGGAGCUCUCCCAUGUCCAGCAUCUAAUGAACCACCUGUACGAACUAGUCCAUGAUCCCAGCGCCCAGCUAGAGGAACGACCCAACCGCGAUUCCUCGCUGAUCCAAACGGAAAUCCAGGCCCUACAAUGGCUCGGCUGCCUUUUGACCUCCCACUUUACCCUGCUAAGCAUCUCCAAGGACGAAGCACUGUUCGAUACGCUCUCCAAGUGGGCCAAUCUUCUCUCCUUCUACGAGAACAGUUUAUUCGAUUUAGCCAAUUUGCUGCCAAAGCUCACGAAUAUUGUGGAACAACGCGAGAUAAAGCCCAUUUACUCCACCACGUGGUAUGGCAUCGAGGAGGUGGUGCUGUACUAGGAAAAACAAUGGAUGUCUUUAGAGUUCCCCUUAAGUUUGUUUCUUAGUAGUUAAGCCAAAUAAAAAUAGAGUUUACUUGA